CAGGCUCCUUCCGGUCAACCCCUUGCAUCGGCUGCAUUUCCCAUUGGCUGCUGCUGAGUCAGCUCACCGGCAGUAACCGCUUGUGUUCGCCUGCUCUCCGCCUGCUCAGUCGCAAUUAAAGCUUCGUGUUUCCCCGCGUCACCCGUUGCUCCUCUCCUUCUCUCUCUUUUUUCCUUUGUCGUCCUUGUUUCACGCCGAAGAGCUUGUCAUCAUGCAGUCUUCGUUGCUCCUCCGCGCCCGGGGUCUCCCCAAAUGCGCCUCCCACUCUGCCAGCCUGGCUCGCCAGAGCCGUGCCAUGGGCUCUUACGCCACCUUCAAGGUCCCUCGCAUUGACAACGAGCCUAACAAACACUAUGCUCCCGGCUCCCCCGAUCGCAAGGCCCUCGAGGAGGCUCUCGCCCGCACCAAGCAGAACGGCCCUCUCAACGUUCCCCUGGUCAUUGCCGGCCAGGAGAUCAAGAGCUCCGAGACAUUGACCCAGAGCAACCCUGCCUCUCACGCCCCCGUAGCCAACUACUCCAAUGCCUCCGUGGCUGACGUCCGGGCCGCCAUCGACGCCGCCCUCGAGGCCCGCAAGACCUGGGCCACCACCUCCUUCGCCGACCGGGCCAGCAUCUUCCUCAAGGCUGCUGACCUGAUCUCCACCAAGUACCGCUACGAUAUCAUGGCUCUGACCAUGCACGGCCAGGGCAAGAACGCGUGGCAGGCCGAGAUUGACGCCGCUGCCGAGCUGUGUGAUUUCUUCCGGUUUGGUGUGAAGUACGCCGAGGAUCUCUACGCCACCCAGCCCGUCCAUCACUCGCCUGGUGUCUGGAACCGCGUUGAAUAUCGCCCUCUGGAGGGUUUCGUAUACGCCAUCAGUCCUUUCAACUUCACUGCCAUCGGCGGUAACCUUGCGGGUGCCCCCGCCCUAAUGGGUAACGUCGUUGUCUGGAAGCCUUCCCCUUCGGCCAUCGCCUCCAACUGGCUCGUCCACCAGAUCCUUCUGGAGGCUGGUUUGCCCAAGAACGUCAUCCAGUUCGUGCCCGGUGACGCCGCCGAGGUCACCAACACCGUCCUCAACCACCGCGACUUCUCCGCUCUUCACUUCACUGGUAGCACCUCCGUCUUCCGCAGCCUGUACGGCCAGAUUGCCAACGGUGUCGCCGAGGGCAAGUACCGCAGCUAUCCUCGCAUUGUUGGUGAGACGGGUGGCAAGAACUUCCACCUUGUGCACAAGUCCGCCGACGUGCGCAACGCCGCUGUCCAGACCGUCCGUGGUGCCUUCGAGUUCCAGGGCCAGAAGUGCAGUGCCACUUCGCGCGCCUACGUCGCCGAGUCCGUCGCCGAGGAGUUCCUCUCCAUCGUGGCUGCUGAGACCAAGGCUCUGACGAUGGGCGAGCCCACCACCUUUACCAACUUCUGCGGCCCCGUCAUCCACGAGGCGUCGUUCAACAAGUUGGCGCAGGUGAUCGACGAGGCCAAGAACGAUUCCGAACUGGAGCUCCUGGCCGGUGGCACCUACGACUCCUCCAAGGGCUGGUACAUUCAGCCCACCGUCUACCGCACCUCCAACCCUGACCACCCCCUGCUGUCGCGCGAGCUGUUCGGCCCCGUGCUGGUCAUCCACACCUACGCCGACAAGACCGAGGCCGACUUCACCCGCAUGUGCGAGAAGAUCGACCAGACCGGCGAGUACGCCCUGACGGGUUCCAUCUUCGCCCAGGACCGCGAGGUUCUCCGCACCGCAGACGACGCCCUGCGCAACACGGCCGGUAACUUCUACAUCAACUGCAAGAGUACGGGUGCCGUGGUGGGCCAGCAGCCCUUCGGUGGCGCCCGUGCCUCGGGCACCAACGACAAGGCCGGAAGCGGCAACUUGCUCUCCCGCUUCGUCAGUCUGCGGUCGAUCAAGGAGGAGUUCAUCCCCACCUACAAGGUUGCUUACCCUAGCAACGCUUGAUGAUGAUGUAUAUGAUUUGCGUUCUUUAAUUUGUCACAAGUAGGUUGCAUAGUUCUGGCGUUAGGCAAUAUAUCCAUGUCC